UUUAGGUAUGAUAGUCUUACAUGCAUGAACACUGUCGAAUCCCUUUUUGAUUUUUAGUUUUUAAAGGUUCUGAAAAUUCCCCCCUCCUGAAAAUUAUUAUGAUCGCUAAUGUCUCCUCCUGCGAUUAAGUGCGAUAAUUUCCAUAACUUGGCGCGGUUCCUGAGUUCCAGGAUCCGGUCCCUCUAUCGCUGCAUCGCUUUUUAGUAGUAGCCAUUAAUUUGUAUAGAGCUGUCAAAACGUAUUAUAAUACACCCUUCCGGAAAGUACGUCACUUUGGCUAGCGGGCCUCAUUUUCGUGUGCGCGACAUUAGUUAAACAAUCACUAAAACGAGGCUCUAUGGCCUAGACGACGUCGUUAAUUCUUUCCGGAAGCGUGUAUUAAGAUUGAUUAACAUGCACGAUUAAAGUGUGCUGACCCGAUGAUCUGGUUUUACCGCGUUCGGCAAUGAUAUUUUUUUAAAGAACUCUAUUGAAUUAUUAGCAACUAUAUUUACAAUUAAUAAUUAUACUAACAAAUAAUUAGACAAAGAUACACUAAUAAUAACAAAAAUAAUAACAAUAAAAGAACCCAAAUGGGGAAAGUGCGAACGGGACUCCAAAUCCCAUGCGGCACUUCCAAUAAAAGUAAGAAAAGUAAGUUAUGUCCUCCUAUGGCAGGAGCAACCACGCACGAGGGUCUGUGUACACGGUUGAUCUAUAUAAAAAAAUGUGAGUAUUUAAAUUAUGAUACAUGAUACAUUGAACAGACUCGAUAAACUAGUGGAAGGGGGGGGGGGAGUAUUUUACAGGUUGUGUUGAACACAACUGAACAUAAACUGGAUAAAAAUUUGACUACCUUUAUUUUCUGGCAAACUAGUUUAUCUCCUACAAAACCAAAGCAAUGAACUUCUCGAAUUUGAACUAUAACAUGUACGCCGAUUAAGAAAAUGUGGAUUUACAUAUAUGCUAGCCUGCUCACAGCCCGAAAGAUAAACCGUUUCAAAUUUUCGAGUGGGGGCUGUGAACCAAUACUAUAAGACAUCCUACAGCAUAUUAGAUUACAACACUGCACGUCGAUGACUUGAAGUAGGCCGAGAAGACCUGGGAAAGAGGAUGUACACGUCAAUCAAAUUUCACUUAGUUCCAAGUGGUUAGGAAAUUGUUUAAUACACAAUGUGACAGUAGUAACAGGCACUAGAAAAACAAUAAACAGGCACCACAUUGUUAUGGUAUUCGGUCUUCAUUACAUUGUAUGUCUGUACAGUAUGUCUGGUUUAUAAAAGUAGAAGUUGGUUUAUUGGACCUCUCAAGCAAAUUAGUUCUUGUUUCUUUGACUUGGUAUGAUUAGGCCUGGGUUCUACAUGAAGAAAUUCUGACAAACUGCAUUCUACAUUGUAAAUGCAGCUAAUUAUCUGCAGUGUUGUUAUCAUGUGUUACUAAGUGCAGUCCUGGAAUAAAGGUUCAGUCCUAAAUAUAACAGAAAAACAUAAAUUUUAAAUUUAUAUUAAAUAAAUGUUCUAAAAGCCGGGGACAUCUAUCAGAUCAUUAUUCCUCACCACCUGGCUCGGUGACUGACCGUUAACUGACAAGGAAAGUUAAAUGACUCAUGCAUCAGACAACCACCUCAUAUACCCUGAUACCAUGCUGAAGUCUACAGUUCGUGAAAAGGUACCACAAAAUAGUCAAAACUACAACUAUGUUGAAGCAAGAUAGCUUGAAAUAUUUAAACAUCCCUUUAUUGUGGAUCAUUCAUAUCCUUGACCUUGCAGUAUAGUCCUCUGCAUGUCAUUUAAAAUUUGAUUUUAUAAAUAAAUAAAUCUAAAUUUGUUGAACAGCGUAUUCCUUGAGAUAUGAGCUGAAACCAGUAUUUCCGGUCAGGGUGGACCAAAAUGCUUAAUAUGAGUACAAGCAAAUCAUAUUGGCAGCAGAAAGGAUAGAGGAAAGUCAGUGUUCAGCGAUCAGAAUUUUGUCAUAAGAACUACAAAGUUUGGAAUAAGGUGUAGUAGCUUAUAUACCAUAUAUUCGUAUUUUUUUCUAUAAUCCCAAUAUACUGAUUUGUGUCAGAAGCUAUUGAUAUAUGAUUGAUAGAAAAGUGUACGUCUAAUAAAACAAGAUUUCAACAUUAUUUGAAAAGCCUGUUGAACGAUAUUCAAUAUUUGGUUGAAAAAUGGAACUAUAUAUCUGAAAAAUAUAUAAACACUUGACGCUUUACAAAGAAUAGCGAGUAAAGACAGUAAUUUAACAUAGCUAGUAUAUGUCACACUUCGAUAUAAUGCAGCUUUGAUCACAUACUUUGCAUGAUUAUAAUUUUUGUUUUAGAUUAUUGGCAGAAAUAUUGCUCCGAAAAUCAUGUUUUUAAAACUGGUUGCGAUUUUUGUCUGCACUUUAGCUGUGAAGUUGACGUUCUCUGCAGCAGCAAAGGCUGGUAAGUAAUUUUAAUUCUGAUUAUUAUUGAAAGAAUGAUUUAAAUAAGUAAUAAAGCAGUUACAUUUAACUCAGUUUCAUUAACCGGAGAUGCUUUUCCUGAAUUUCUUCAUGUCUUUCUUCAACAUCACGAAGUAGCCCGCUUCCUUAUCUAGAUGACUUCUGUGACUCAAAAAUACUGUCUGGAGAAAGCGGUUUCCGUCGGCAGUUAGCAAAAUGGUUACCAGGAACAGGUGUUUGGGAUAUUUGCUGGCGUGCAAGUCGCGAUGGCUGGGCUGCAAGUCGUUUUCAUGCAGGCUGCGACAACAAAGGUCCGACAGUUACCAUUGUUCAAGUUGGUCGGUACAUCUUCGGCGGAUAUACUGAUGUUUCUUGGGCAGGUGAGGUUACUCAGUUUAGCAUUGACUCAAAAUCACCUGCAAGGUUACUUCCAAAUACGGGUAAAGUUUCGCCACUAACAAAGAUUAAUAUUUGUAGUGUACUGCGGGUUAAUUGGUUUUAAUGGUUAUACAUGCACUCGACCAUGUUAAUUUUAAGUCUGAUUCAGCAAGCUAGAAAAUGAGUAUACGCUUCUCAAUUUCAACUGAAAUAAGCCGAUAUUUUAUAUUAUCUACACUGUAAAUUCGAAGAGUGAAAAUGAACUGAAAAGAGUCGUUCUGCAGUAAAUUUGAUUUUCUGUUUUUUACAUGAGCCGAUCGAGCCAAUUAUGAUUAUUCACAAUUUGAAGAAAGAUCAAUUAUAAACAUUCUAAUUCAUUUCUUUUACGUUACGACUAUAUUUUAGUCAUCUUCACAAAGGAAUGGUAUUAUAAGCAUUGCAAUGUCAAUGUCAGUAAGCCUAAUUUCGAAUUAAAUUAUUAAAAAAUCCUUGAAAUUCAAAACUUCCUGCUUACAUUUGAGCAUGAACAGUUAUCGCGAAAUCAAUGUGUUAGACAUUUUCUUUAUGAUUUGCUCAUAAAAUAUUGGGCAUUACAUUAGUAUUAGGGUUUAGGAAGAUUUUUAUAUUUAAUAUUGAUUUUAAUGAAACGAUUUAUUUUCUCUUUAACUAUAGGUAAAUAUGUCUACAAAAGAGCUCCAAACACAUUCAUGUUCUCCUUAAGAAACAAGGACAACUUGCGCCCAUUCAGAUCUUACUUGUGGUACAGAAACACCAUUUACGCCGUCCAUGCUGUUGCCCGCUUUGGCCCAAGUUUUGGCGCUGGUCACGAUUUGUUUAUUCAAAAUAACGCCAAUAAAAAUAAAGAUUCCUUGACAUAUUUUGCUUGGAGUUUUUCAGGUCCCCCCGGUUACUACGGUGGUCAGAAAAAAUCAAAGGAGCUCCUGGCUGGCACCUAUCAGUUUACUCCUACUGAAGUUGAAGUGUAUUAUUUACACUAA